UUCCCCAAUUACUCACAACUCGCACCAUAUUCCUCCUCACAUUACAAUCUACUCAUCCUUCAUUCCUCAUAAUCUAACUUUGCACAAAAUCUAGGGUUCCAAUUUCACAAUGGAAGCUAGCACAAAAACGAAGAAAGGAGCCGGAGGAAGGAAAGGAGGAGGACCAAGGAAGAAGUCGGUAACAAGAUCUAUCAGAGCCGGUCUUCAAUUUCCCGUCGGUAGAAUCGGCCGUUACUUGAAGAAAGGUAGAUAUGCUCAGCGUGUUGGUACUGGUGCUCCUGUUUACUUGGCUGCUGUUCUCGAAUAUCUCGCUGCUGAGGUGCUUGAGUUGGCUGGAAAUGCAGCACGUGACAACAAGAAGAAUAGAAUUAUUCCUAGGCAUGUUUUGUUGGCUGUGAGGAAUGAUGAAGAACUUGGAAAAUUGCUUUCUGGUGUCACCAUUGCACAUGGUGGUGUUCUUCCCAACAUCAACCCGAUACUAUUGCCUAAGAAGACUGAAAAAGCUGCAAAGGAGCCUAAAUCUCCAUCAAAGGCCGUUAAAUCUCCAAAGAAGGCAGCAUAGAUCUGUUAUCUGUCUUAGUUUAUUAUCGGUUAUGGUGAUUUUGUGCAUAUCUAAGAUUAGCUCUGUCUUAUGUAAUAGAAAAGUUCAAUGUUUUUGAAGCCUGUAUUUUGGAUAUCAUGUAUCUCCUUUAGGAGUCUUAACAUCUAUCAAUGAAAACAUUUGUAUCGGCACUUUUUCAUUGUGUUUGGUAAUUUUAAUUUCUGAUGCA